GAAUUAAUCUCCGUGUCUAGUGGAAAGCAGACUGAACCAGGUUCUAAAUACACACUGAUGGAAGGAAUGAAAAUGGAUACCACUCACAAUGUAACUCCCCAUCAAACAAGACACACAAGGUGUUCCUGACUUUAUCUGAAUGAUGUGACAUGAAUGAACAAAAUAGCUUUUUAUAGCUGCACUCGAACAAACAUCCAACUUGAGUUGCUAAUAUAACUUGUUAAUUAAAGGGAACUUUUGAACAAUCCUAGAAUAUGCAUUGGGCCUAAUUCUGUACAUCUUAAAGUAGAUUUCCCUGACGUUGAAGGGGAAUGCAGACUUGUCACCCAUAGACUGCAUGCGAGUGUGAUGCCCAGGCGAAGCUUGCCGCUGCAGGGCCGGAUGCGCUGGAUGCUCCUGGGGCUCUUCCUGUUGCUGGUCCUCCUCCUCUUUGCUUACCUGCUGGAGUGCACUCCCCCAGCUGAUGUUAGCCUGGUCCUGCCUGGUCUGGGAGCGGAGUCCCAUGGAAAGGAGUACUACCAGGCACUGCUGCAAGAGCAGGAGGAGCGGUACCUCAGCCGCUCCGCCAGCCUCAAGCGGCAGAUCGCCCAACUCAAGCAGGAGCUCCAGGAGAUGAGUGAGAAACUCAAGGUCCUGCAGGACAGAAAGGAAGGUCCCGGGGUCCAGGGGCUUGUUGAAACCAAGGACCAGGAGCCUGGGGAUCUUCUCGAAUUCCUCCACUCCCAGAUCGACAAAGCCGAGGUGAACACGGGAGCACGACUGCCCAGCGAGUACGCCCUGGUCCCCUUCGAGAGCUUCACCUCUAGUAAGGUGUAUCAGCUGGAGAUGGGGCUGACCAGGCACCCAGAGGAGAAGCCUGUGCGGAAGGACCGCAGGGAUGAGCUGGUGGAGGUCAUUGAGGCAGCCCUGGACGUCAUAAACAACCCAGAUGAGGAGGAUGGCCAGGAGGAUGAUGUGCCCAUGCAGAGGCAGACCUACACCGAGAGCCACUUUACUGAGGGGCUGUACAGAACAGAACGGGACAAGGGCACACUCUACGAGCUCUUCUUUGCAAAAGAGGACUCCGACAACUUCCGCCAUGUCACUCUUUUCCGUCCUUUUGGUCCUUUAAUGAAAGUCAGAAGCACGUCUGUAGAAACAAAUGGAGUCAUCAUUAAUAUCAUUGUGCCGUUGGCAGGCAGAACAGAGGCAUUCUCACAGUUCCUACAUAACUUCAGGGAAGUGUGCAUAGAACACGAUAGGCGAGUGCAUCUUACAGUGGUCUACUUUGGACAAGAGGGCUUACAAGAGGUGACGUCUUACUUGGAAAAAAUGUCCAGGGAGGCAAGCUUUUCCAACUACACACUUAUCCCAGUGGACGAGGAGUUUUCCAGAGGCAGGGGUCUGGACAUCGGUGCCCAUACCUGGAAGAAGGGUGACGUAUUGAUGUUCUUCUGUGAUGUGGAUAUCUACUUCACACUGGACUAUCUCAACACCUGCCGUCUUCACACCGCUCCAAACAAGAGAGUCUUUUAUCCGGUGGUUUUCAGUUUGUAUAAUCCUGCCAUAGUCUAUGGAAAUCUGGAGCUGGCUCCCCCCAUUGAAAGUCAACUUAUUCACAAGAAAGAUGCUGGAUUCUGGAGAGAUUUUGGCUUUGGAAUGACAUGUCAGUACCGCUCGGACUUCCUCAAUAUAGGAGGUUUUGACCUGGAAGUGAAAGGUUGGGGUGUGGAAGAUGUCCACUUGUACAGGAAGUACCUGCGGAGCGACCUGAUUGUGACGCGUACGCCGGUAUCUGGCCUCUUCCACCUGUGGCACGAGAAGCAGUGUGCAGACGAGCUGACUCCAGAACAGUAUCGCAUGUGCAUCCAGUCCAAAGCCAUGAACGAGGCUUCUCAUUCCCACCUGGGCAUGCUGGUGUUCCGCGAGGAGAUCGAGAAUCACCUCCGCAAGCAGGCCUACAAGACCCAGAGCAAUACUGAAAAUUGAAUGGCUUUUCGUUAGGCGGCCAUCUUGGGUACUCUAAAUCAGAACUCCUCGCAUUUUUUAUUUUUAAAUAUAAAUACAAGAACUGCGGUACACGUCGUUACUAACAUGAUUAAAACCAGUUUACACAAUCUUGUUACAUUUCACAGCUCAGCUAAAGACACCUAUGAAUGUACAAAAAUGGAUGUUAGUAAAUGUGAAGUGUCAACUUAAACAUUUCAAGAGACUGAGAAUGGCACUACCUGUGUCAACACAAAAAGGCUAAUGGAACAUCUUUGAAGCUGGGGAAACUUGCAUAACCUAUCAUUAGCAAGUCAAGGCAAUGUUCUUGCCUGUGAGGUCAAGCAAUCAAUGGACAAGUGUUGUUUUUUUUAAAUCGCUACUAUAACCUGUUCUCUCUAUAGCCAUAUUGUUUAAUUUGUGUAAAAAUGUCAAGCUUGGUUUAACGUUGUACAGUGACUAAAAAAAGGGACCUUUUUAUGUUAGAAUAUGAUUUGUUCAAAGGAACCAUCAGUCAGAGGCAGUGCUCAUCAGCAUCGAAGAAGGUUUAUCCUAUCAGUGUUUAUUUGGAAAUGUACCAAAAUCUACAGAUCGGACUGGAUUGAAGAAGCAAUUGAAACAAAGCUUUGCAAAAAAAGCAUGCAGCACAUUCAUAAUUUGCACAAGUGUCAUUCUUCUGACAUUUCUUGAUUUAUUCUCUGAGGAUGAUUCACAGUAUUAUUUCAUUGAAUUGAGCCUUGCAGCCAAUCAAUGCCAGUUAAAUCUUGAAUGGAAUAAUGUAUAAAUAAUUAUUUUUUGCAGCCAGGGAUGUCAUACUUGUCUGAAUAUGUGCCUAUUAACUGGAGAUGAGGAUAUUAAAGAUACUUUUAUAUAUAUAGUGUAUGUGGACACCCCUUCAAAUUAGUGGAUUUGGCUAUUUCAGCCACACCCAUUGCUGACAGGUGUAUAAAAUCGAGCACACCGCCAUGCAAUCUCCAUAGACAAACAUUGGCAGUAGAAUGGCCUUAAAGAAGAGCUCAGUGACUUUCAAAGUGGCACCGUCAUAGGAUGCCACCUUUCCAGAGAGUCGGUUCGUCAAAUUUCUACCCUGCUAGAGCUGCCCCGGUCAACUGUAAGUGAUGUUAUUGUGAAGUGGCAAUGUCUAGGAUCAACAACGUCUCAGCCGCAAAGUGGUAGGCCACACAAACUCACAGAACGGGACCGCCGAGUGCUGAAGCAUGUAAAAAAAGAAAUCCACUCUACCGAGUUCCAAACUGCCUUUGGAAGCAACAUCAGCACAAGAACUGUUCGUCGGGAGCUUUAUGAAAUGGGUUUCCAUGGCCGAGCAGCCAUACACAAGCCUAAGAUCACCGUUCGCAAUGCCAAGCGUCGGCUGGCGUGGUGUAAAGCUUGCCACCAUUGGACUCUGGAGUAGACAAAUCUGGGUUUAGUGGAUGCAAGGAGAACGCUACCUGCACCGUUCAUGGAGGAGGAAUAGAGGUCUGGUGCUGUAUUUCAUUGGUUUCUUUAGACGAUUCUGUGCUUCCAACUUUGUAGCAACAGUUUGGGGAAGGCCCUUUCCUGUUUUAGCAUGACAAUGCCACCAGGCACAAGGCCUCACUAAUGCUCGUGGCUGAAUGGAAGAAAGUCUCCGCAGCAAUGUUCCAACAUCUAAUGGAAAUCCUUGCCAGAAGAGUGGUGGCUGUUAUAGCAGCGAAGGGUGGACCAACUCCAUAUUAAUGUCCAUGACUUUGGAAUGAGAUGUUUGACAAGCAGGUGUCCACAUACUUUUGGUAAUGUAGAAUACUAAAUAUUCCUCCUGAGGCUAUUGAUACAGUUAUAAGACUGAAUGUUUGCAGCCAUUCAUAUUGUUAUCAUUGCCAUACUUGUAUGUUUUGAAAUGGUCUAAUCUUUAUUAAUAAAAAGAAAAACAUGAACUACCCA